AUGGCUCCGUGGCCUCACGGAAACAGCUCUCUGGCUUCGUGGCCAAAUGCCCCCACCCUGGCGCCCAAUAGUGCCAUCACGAGUGGGCUGCCAGGCGUGCCAUGGGCGGCGGCAUUGGCGGGGGCGCUGUUGGCGUUGGCCACCGUGGGAGGCAACCUGCUGGUAAUCGUAGCCGUCGCUCGGACGCCGAGACUCCAAACCAUCACCAACGUGUUCGUGACUUCGCUGGCCGCAGCUGACCUGGUGAUGGGACUCCUAGUCGUGCCACCGGGGGCCACCCUGGCGUUGACUGGGCACUGGCCCCUGGGCGCCACUAGCUGCGAGCUGUGGACUUCGGUGGAUGUGCUGUGCGUGACCGCCAGCAUCGAAACCCUGUGCGCCCUGGCUGUGGACCGCUACCUGGCCGUGACCAACCCGCUGCGCUACUGCGUCCUGGUCACCAAACUCCGCGCCCGGGCAGCGGUGGUCCUGGUGUGGGUCGUGUCUGCUACAGUGUCGUUUGCGCCCAUCAUGAGUAAAUGGUGGCGCGUGGGAGCCGACGCCGAGGCGCAGCGCUGCCACUCCAACCCCCGCUGCUGCGCCUUUGCCUCCAACAUGCCCUACGCGCUGCUCUCCUCCUCCGUCUCCUUCUACCUUCCGCUGCUUGUGAUGCUUUUCGUCUACGCGCGAGUUUUCGUCGUGGCUAAGCGCCAGCUGCGUUUGCUGCGCCGGGAGCUGGGCCGCUUUCCGCCGAGGACGCCUCCGGCGCCGACCCAGCAGCGCGCUUCGCCCGCCGCGGUGCCCUCCUGCGGGAGGCGGCCUGCGCGCCUCUUGCCUCUCCGGGAACACCGUGCCCUGCGCACUCUGGGCCUCAUCAUGGGCACCUUUACUCUCUGCUGGUUGCCCUUCUUCGUGGCCAAUGUCGUGCGCGCCCUCGGAGGGCCCUCUUUAGUUCCCAGCUCUGCUUUCCUUGCUCUUAACUGGCUGGGCUAUGCCAACUCUGCCUUCAACCCACUGAUCUACUGCCGCAGCCCUGACUUUCGCAGUGCCUUCCGCCGGCUGCUGUGUCGCUGCGGCCGCGACCCGACCGACCAGCGCCUAACUGCCACCUCUCCGGAUGACCCAUCUGGCGGUGCUGCGGCCCUGACCAGCCCAGGGGAGUCCAGGCAAUGUCCACCACUCGAUGGGGCUUCCUGGGGAAUUUCUUAG